AUGGGUUUCCAAAAGAUGAGCUCCAAGCGAGCUUACAACUGGUUUGUCUCCCUUGUUGCAGCAUCUUGCAUGGUCUUGUACGGUUAUGAUGCAUCCGUUUUCAACUCCGUCCAAGGAUCCGCCAACUGGGUCGACUGGUUCGACAACCCUAGUGAGAGCUUGCUUGGUGGAAUCAACACAGCAUACACAGUUGGCGCCAUCUUUGGUGGAUUUUUCCUUGGUGGACCAUCAUCCGAUUUCCUUGGUCGCAAGAUGUCGAUGGGUAUUGGUUGUGCUUUUGUCAUCGUCGCUACAUUUAUGCAGACAUUUGCUCCACGCGGUAACAUUGCUUGUUUCAUCGGUGGACGUGUUCUGAUCGGUAUCGGUCAGGGUAUUGCCUUGACUGCUGGCCCGAUUUACAUCGGUGAACUGGCUCCCUCAGAGAUUCGAGGAAAGAUCAUGACCUUCUGGCAGAUGUUCUACUCCGUUGGAUCUUUUAUCUGCUUCUGGAUUGAUUAUGCUACUACCAGAGCCCCUCAGCUUGGAGAGUGGGACUGGAAGCUGGUUAUCAUUUUCCAACUUUUGUUCCCCAUCUUGAUCAUUGCCCUUCUUCCCACUAUUCCUGGAAGUCCUCGUUGGUACAUCCAACGAAACGGCGAUGUCGAGAAGGCUCGUGACGCCCUCCGUCGAGUACGAGAUACAGAAGAGGAGGUCGAGCAUGAGAUCUUGACGAUUCGUGAAGCUCUCGAAUAUGAGAAGGAAGCAAUUUCCAGCGGCUACAGUGCUCUCUGGAAAGACAAGUCUCUCCGAAAGCGUUUGCUUCUUGCUUUGGUUGUAAACGCCGGUCAGCAACUCACUGGUCAGGGAUCCCUCAACACAUACUCUACCAAGAUCUACGAGAAGGUUUUCACCCGGGAGAGCCAGAUCUCUCUUAUCAACGCUCUCAACGCCACCUUUGGUAUUCUCUUCACUCUCAACGCCAUCUGGUUCAUUGAUAGAUUUGGCCGAAAGGCUCUUCUAAUUGGUGGUUCCAUUGGUAUGGGUCUUUGCAUGAUCAUUGUGUCCGCUGUCGAGACAGAGACCGCCAAUACAGCAGAUGGUGGCAAAUCCGAACCUGUUGGAAUCUCGAUUGUCUUCCUAUUCUUCCUCUUUAUCCUGUUCUAUAAACCAUCAUGGGGUGCAACCGUGUGGAUUUGGACAGCAGAGAUCUUCUCCAUGAACGUCCGCGCCCAGGCUGUGGGUAUGGCAUCGCAAACACAAAAUGUUGCCAACACUAUCUUCCAGCAGUUCUUCCCUACAUUCCUUAACAACGAUGGAUUCUACGCAUUUUACCUAUUUGCCGGAAUCAACUUCUUGUUGGGUCUGUUCGUUUGGUUCUUCAUUCCAGAGACCAAGCAGGUUCCUCUCGAGGAGAUCGAUGCUUUGUUUGGUGGUGCUAACCACGUCACUCAGGGUGAGGAGGUUUUUGCAAGCAGGAAGCUUGAUACCCGUGGUCGUGACAUUGUGGACAAGCCUGCGACUGUGAACGUUGAGAAUGUCGAGACCAAUUAA